AUGCUUUACACGUGUGUAAAUACACUUGCUUGGAUUCUCUUCAUCUUCUUAAGACCUUGUAGCGGUUACGCUGAAUUUCAACAGUUUCCAGGGUUUGAUGCAACAGAAGUGGAGGCCACUCCAAGUACAAAUAAUGUUAUAACGACAACAGACUAUACUAGCACAAAUAUACCAACGAGUAGUACGGCAACAAAAGCGGCGCUAACCAUGGAAGCUGAAUGUCGUUAUAAUAAAGAACUGUACGUGCAGUGCGUAAAAAUAUCAAGUAAACAGUGCCAGCGAUACACUAAAGAUUACUUAAUAAAUCUAGAAACUCAAAGGUCAGAUGUUUUGGCACUAACUGAGGUAACAAUUUGCACUAUGUCAGAUAUGAAGGCAGAUCCAUUGCAGCUUAUAAAAGUUUUAGCCCAAGAAAAGUCUGUUCUGGACUUUGCUUUACCAGGAUUUCUAAUAUUAAUCAGUAAUUGUAAUGCUCAUUGUCAACGAUCGACAGACAAUCGCAAAAGGAAACCUACCAGGCAUAUGACGGAUCAAGACCUAGUGAUAAGGCAUUUUCUCACUAAAAAGAAUUACAUUCAACUUAUUAACGAUUCAAAGCACAAAGUCUAG